AUGGCACAAGACAACCUCCUCACCUUUCUCUAUCUCGAUCUCCUCGGGAUUGGCGUCUCGACUCUCGUCUUCGUCGCCUCUGACGACAUUGCAACAACAUAUGAGAACUACUGUCCUCCAACCCCCACAUUGUCCACUCCAACCCCCGCACAAACCGCACCCUCACAUCUCUCUGCACCCCAAGAGCUGCCCAGACCUACUUUCUGCGCCAACUUUACCAUGUUCCAAGGCCCGUCAACCUGGGGCCUCAAUCGCACCAUCACACGCUCGAAUCUGCAGACGUACAAUGGAGACUGCACGUGGACUGGUAGCGGCGCGUUCACUGCCGUCCCGAUUACGUGUGAUGCGGAUGCGAAAGGGGAGAUGUAUGGGCGUGAGUUUAGUAGGGGGACGCCGGUGACUUUUCAGCCGAGCGAGUUGAGUGCGAAGACGAAUGGGUUUGGGUUUGCGGUUGCGACGGUGGUGUCAGGGACGGAGACCGGGACGACGGGGAGUAGUAUGGUGAGGGAGACAGGUGAGGGGAAUGGGGGAGAGGCAGAGGCUACAGGGACAGGGACACAGGGUAUGGGGACGCAGACGGGGAGUCAAGCUAUGGCAGGUCGAGCGCCGUUUCCAACGGGCGUCGUGGCCAUGGUGGGGAGUGCGUUCGUGGUUGGAGCUGCUGCUUGGGUGCUCUAA